CAGGCGUGUGGGAGGAGUAGCUGAAUGUACACUUUGCAUCACAAGUCAAGUGUACACAUAUACAGUUUCACAUACCAUACAUUCAUUAUAUACUGGUGUAAGUAGUACCAUCGUGUAUAGGAUAGUAAUGGUAUAGUUACUCAUAAAAUAUAUAGUUAAGUUGAAGUUGGAGUGUUAAGAAAAACGGUUUUAUUAUGAACAAAGUUGCUUCGCGGAUGAAAUAUAUUGUUAAAUUGGAAAAUUAAAAUAUUAUUCUAGAGAAAAGUGAUUCUGACAGGCAAGUGGAAAAUUUAGAUUGUGAUAUAUGUGACACAUAAAAAGAAGAAGAAACGCCAUCGUGCAAGCGCAGGUAGGAAAAAUGUGGGUCAUACUGUUGUUGGCAGUAAUUUCAACAACUGGAAAAUGUCAAUCGCCGGAAAAUUCAGAUUGGACUCCAGAUCAAUAUAAUCGAAAUGAUUUAUCAACUCGACAACCUUGGAAUAGAUUCAACGAAAGAGAUCCAAAUUCAGGAUUUGGAUAUAGACCAGAAAAUCCAGAGUAUGAUCCAAAUAGUGGAUUUCAAUACAGACCAGAUAAUCCAGUAGACUACGAUGCAAAUUCCGGAUUAAAUUACAGAACAAAUCAAGAUAGAGAUCAUCUUUCUGGAGUUAGAAAUCCUUCAAUUCAAGACACGAAUAUUGGGUAUGGAGGUUAUAAAAGUUCUGGACAGCCAGGAGAUUUCAUUAUUAAAGAAGCAACUUAUUUCAUAGUAGCAUCUCGAAUGGUAAGACCGGGACAACUUUAUCGAGUGGCAGUUAAUGUUCUUCAAAGUCCUCUUCCAAUGGUGGUGCAAGCAUCAAUUCAAAUGAAUGGUGUUGAAAUAGCGGAAGAUCAUUCGGAAGUAAAAGAAGGUAUUCCAGAAACUUUGGUAUUACAAGUACCUGCAAGUUCAGUGGUGGGAAAUUAUCGUCUUCGAAUUGCCGGAAUGUAUAAUAGUUUAACUGGUGGACAGGCAUUUAUAAAUGAAACUCAAUUGGUAUUCUCUCAAAGAUCAAUGACAAUAUUCAUACAAACGGAUAAACCAGUUUAUAUGCAAGGACAAACGGUUCAUUUUCGAACAAUACCAAUAAACACGGAAUUAAAAACAUUCAAUGAUCCUAUUGAAAUUCAUAUAUUAGAUCCUUAUAAUAGAAAAAUGCGUCGCUGGCUCAGUAAACAAAGUAAUUUAGGAACUGUUUCUUUAAAAUAUGAAUUAUCUGAUCAACCCGUUUAUGGAAACUGGUCUAUUCUUGUUAUUGCACAAAGUCAAGAAGAAAGAAAAGUUUUUUCAGUCGAAGAAUAUUAUCAGACACGAUUUGAAGUGAAUGUGACAAUGCCAGCUUUCUUUUUUGAUACUGAUCCAUAUAUUUUUGGUAUAGUACAAGCAAAUUAUACUUCCGGUGCACCGGUACGGGGAAAUUUAACUUUAAAAGCAAGUAUUCGACAUCUUAAUAAAUAUUAUACAAGUUCAUCAACACAAUAUCAAGAUGUUCGUGAGAGAUAUAUGGAAUUUGAAGAAUACUAUCCUUCAUGGUUUACACUUCCACGUGAAACAUAUGAUGAAAGAGGACAACGAGUUCCUGUUCUUCGAUUGUUUAAUGGAACCUAUAGAUUCCAAUAUCCAUUGAGAGAAUUGAUUUCAUAUGGUUCGAGCUCAGAAGGAAUGGAAAUAUUAAUAACCGCAACUGUAGGAGAAAAAUUUUUGGAAGAAAUAAUAGUUGGCUAUUCGAAAGCACGAAUUUAUAAUUCAACAAUAAAAAUUCAUUUUGCCGGUGAUUCGCCACAAGUUUUUAAACCUGCUAUGCCAUUUUCUCUUAAUCUUAUCUCAUCAUUUCAUGAUGGAUCGCCUUUGAGGCCAAGUCAACUAUUGGGAGCUAGAUUGGAUAUUCGUGCAGAUGUUGAAAUGAGAUCAGGUCGAAGAAAUUUGGAUAGUAGAACUAUUACUCCAACAGCUGAAAAUAAAGCGAUAUGGUUUUUAAAAGUUGAUCUCGCUAAAGAACUUGGACUAAGUGAUAAUCCUCAACGAGCACAACAAGUUCUUAAUGAAGUAACUUCUAUGAGAGUUUAUGCAACCCUCAUUGACGGUGAGGGACAUUCAGCAGCUUCAGAACUCAUUCUUUUGGCUCAUGAAUCACCACAUAAUAAAAAUAUUAAAGUUUCAACGUCUACACAAAAACCAAAAGUGGGAGAAUAUCUAGUAUUGCAUGUGCAGACAAAUUUUUAUAUUGAUACAUUUAAUUAUAUCAUCAUGUCAAAGGGUAUAAUUCUUUUGAGUGGACAAGACGAUAUGCAACAUAAUAUAAGAACAUUUGCUAUUCCUUUAAGUCCAGAAAUGGCUCCAGUGGCCACGGCAGUUGUUUAUUAUGUUGGUCGUUAUGGAGAAGUAAUUGCCGAUUCUUUAACAUUCCCAGUUAAUGGAAUUUCACGAAACAAUUUUACUGUUUUCAUUAAUAACAGAAAAGCAAGAACUGGAGAAAAUGUAGAAGUAGCUAUUUAUGGAGAACCUGGAGCUUUUGUUGGUCUCUCUGGAAUUGAUAGAUCAUUUUUCACAAUGCAAGCUGGUAAUGAAUUAACGUACGCCAAUGUCAUUUCAAAAAUGUCUCAUUUCGAUGAAGAAACCAAUGGUACACACAGUCACACCUGGUUAUUCCACGAUGGCGAUCCAGAUGAGACAGUUUAUUUUCCAUCAUCAAGUUUUGGAAUUGAUGUCAAUCGAACUUUUGAAUAUCAAGGUCUCGUUGUUUUCACGGAUGCUAUUAUUUAUCGUAAACCAGAAGUCUGCAAUCGAACACUUGGUUUUGGUGAAUGUCUAAAUGGUCGUUGCUAUCGUUUAGAAAAGAAAUGCGAUGGUAUUUUUGAUUGCGAAGAUGGUACAGACGAAGCACGUUGUCUUCAUUCUAACAUAACAGAUAUUUCUGAAUUUCGAAAAUAUCGUUUCAAUCGGAUUCAACGUCAAUAUGAAAACAUGUGGCUUUGGGCAGAUAUUAAUAUUGGACCUCACGGUCGUUAUAUAUUCAACAUUGACGUUCCUCGUCGUCCUGUUCACUGGAUGAUCACAGCCUUCAGUAUAAGUCCAACAGUUGGUUUUGGAAUGCUACCAAAAGCUAUUGACUAUAUGGGAAUUUUGCCAUUUUUCAUUAAUGUUGAAAUGCCAACGAGAAUUAAACAGGGCGAACAAAUUGGUGUUCGUGUGUCUGUUUUUAAUUAUUUACAAAAUAAUAUUGAAGCAACUGUUGGUUUAAGUGGAUCAAAUGAUUUUAAAUUUGUUCACGUUGAAGAAAAUGGAUAUGUUAAAUCCUACAAUCCACGAACAUCAUUUGGAGAACAUCAAUUUUUCGUUUGGAUUAAAGCGCAAGAUGUGGCUAUUAUUUAUCUUCCAAUUGUACCAACGAGACUUGGUGAUAUUACAGUUCAUGUUUAUGCGAGUGCACUUAUUGGACGUGAUUCCGUCACACGAACUGUUCAUGUUGAAGCUGAUGGACUUCCACAAUUUCGACAUGAAUCGGUUCUUUUGGAUCUUAGUAAUAGGGCUUAUGCUUUUCAAUAUAUGCACGUCAAUAUUACAGAGACUCCAAUUAUUCCAUAUUCUGAAGAUCGUUAUUAUGUCUACAGUUCUAAUAAGGCACGAAUCAGCAUUGUUGGCGAUGUUGUUGGUCCAAUUUUCCCCACAAUACCAGUCAAUGCAACAAGUUUAUUAUCAUUACCCAUGGAUUGUGGUGAGCAAAAUAUUUUCAAUUUUGCCGCUCAUUUAUAUACGACACUUCAUAUGCGAGCUGUUAAUUUGAGAAAUCGAACACAAGAAGAAAAAAGUUUCAAUUACAUGAACAUUAUGUAUCAGAAGCAAGUUUCCUUCAUGAAUCCCGAUGGUUCUUUCAGUCUAUUUCGCAGUGAUUGGAAUCAAUCGUCACCAAGUGUUUGGCUCACUGCCUAUACUAUUCAAGUAUUUCAAGAAGUAGCCAGUAAUUAUGAAUAUGAAAAUUAUUUGUACAUUGAUCCUGAUAUGCUUGCAAAAUCGGUACUUUGGCUAUUGCAACAUCAAACUGAUGAGGGCUCAUUUUACGAAGUCACUUGGUUGCCCGAUAGAAAAAUGAAUACAACUUUUAUUGAUGAAUAUGGAUUUUAUCGAUUCCGCAAUAUUUCACUUACUGCACAUGUUUUGAUAACAUUAGCAUCGGUUAAAGAUUUAUCGAGUGGACUUGGAACGAGAGUUGCAUUGGCAGCGGACAAUGCUGCUAAAUGGUUAGAAACAAAAAUUUCUUAUUUAAGGGAAUUUGGACAACCAUAUGAGAUUGCAAUUGUCGCUUAUGCACUUAAGGAAAAGGGUUCUAGUAAUUACGAUGAGGCAUUUGAAAUUUUAAAUAGACACUCGAGAGAUGAAGGUGAAUAUAAAUAUUGGGGUAGAGAAGCAGUUCCUCAGCCACCAACAAAAAUUGAAAAUCAAAAACCAUUUUUACUACCACGAUUGCCUUAUCGUUAUGAUUCAGAGAAUAUUGAAACCACGGCGUAUGCAUUAUUAUUGUAUACGGCUAAACAACAAAUUUUCUUUAUUCAGCCAAUUGUGAGAUGGUUAAAUUCUCAAAGAUUAACAGACGGUGGAUGGGCAUCAACGAGGGAUACUGCUUGGGCAAUGAAAGCAUUGAUGUAUUAUACUCAAACUCAAAGACUGAGAGAAGUCACGCAAUUGUCCGUUACUAUUGAGGCAACUUCCUUGCCAGGUGUCACUAAAACUCUUCACGUUAACAGUAAAAAUCUAGCAACUCUUCAGUCAGUUGAGAUACCAGAAGCCUGGGGAACUGUUAAGGUGCAAGCUCAAGGAGCAGGAUACGCAAUCUUGCAAAUGACUGUGCAAUAUAAUGUUGAUAAUGUUCGAUUCCAAACACAACCUCCAGUUAGGGCGUUCGAUUUACGCUGGAAUGCCAAAUUUCAUGGAAGAAAUCAGUCUCAUAUUAGUUACAUCAGUUGCCAAAGAUGGAUAAAUAUAAACGAGUCGAUUAGAUCGGGAAUGGCAGUUUUGGACGUGGCUGUUCCAACUGGAUAUAUUAUACAACAACAAAAUCUCGAUAAAUACGUUCGAUUGAGAGAAGUUCGAAAUCUUCAAAGAGCGAGAUUCCUGGACCAAAAAUUACUUUUCUACUUUGAUUAUCUCGAUGAGGAAGAAACUUGUGUUGAAUUUACUUUAGAAAGAUGGUUCCCAGUGGCAAAUAUGUCUCGAUAUCUUCCAAUUAGAGUCUACGAUUAUUAUGCGCCUGAACGUUUUAACGAGACAAUGUUUGAUUCAUUGCCUACCUAUCUUCUCAAUAUUUGCGAAGUUUGUGGUAGUUCACAAUGUCCAUACUGUCCAAUUUACAACAUUGCAACAAUAAUAACAUCACCAAGUUUCUUCACAUUGUGUGCAUCUCUCGUUGUCAUUCUGACGAGGUAUUUUAGAACCCAAGAAUUUAGCGUAAGUUAAAGUCAUUCUAAAUUAUAUAGGAGACUGUCAUAUUAAAUUUCGCAAAAACACGAAAUUUGCGAUAAUUAUAAACGCAAUCAUAAGUAAAAACUAAAAUCAUACGAUGUUUCAUAAAAUCGUAAUACAAAGACUAGGAAAAAAGCGAUGAUUCGACAACAUUUACACAAAUUAUUAGAAAUCUCUUUUUUCACCUUUUUUAUUAAGUGCAAAAUUAAAGCCUUUAAAAGGCUCUAAGGUCUGUUAUAAAUUACAAAAUUAUAUUUUGUUAAAUUGAAUAUAAUGAAGACUUGAAUUCAAUAAUAUUAAAAUUUUAAAUUCUAUUAAAUGUAUAUGAAUGUGUCAUGUUGAGGAUUAUUAUAAUCAAGAGAUUAUAAAAAAUAGGAAAGAGAGAAUGUGAUAUACAUUGCAAAAUAUGUAUACAUAUAUAUUUUUCCAUAUAAUGCAAUUAAUUAAUAAUAAUAAUGAAAAUAUGAUUUUUAACAUUGAUUUUAUCUUCCAACCAUUCAUGCCUUAUUAAAAAGAGAGUAUAAAAAAAUAAUUUGAUUAUUUUGUUGUUAAAUUCUAAUAUUAUUUUAUCGAUGAAAAAAGUCUUGUCCGUAAAAAUAUGGUCAAAUUGUGCCUUAAAAUUUGGAUCUUAAUUUUUAAAAAUAUAUUCAUGAUUAUAAGAUCUAUUUAUAAAUUGACUUCUAAAAAGGGAGAAUUGAAUGUAAAACAAAGAUUUUUUGUUAAUAGACUUAACACAGAAAGUCAUUUUAUCUGAUACCGUCCAAGACAAUAAGUCACUAAUCUCGGCGUUGUCCCGUCGAAAUAAAUUGUAAUAUUUUAAGAUCUUCUCAUUAUUGCG